AUGGGACUGGCCAAAGUUGUACCUGGGAAGACCUUCACAACAUGUGGAACACCAGACUACUUUGCUCCGGAGCUCAUCGCCUCCAAAGGCCACACGUUGGCUGUGGACUGGUGGACGCUUGGGAUCUUGACCUUUGAGCUGUGCUCGGGUCAUCCACCCUUUGAGUCGGCCUCACCCAUGCAGAUCUACGCCAAGGUCCAGAAGGGGAUCAACAAGGUGAACUUCCCCAAGAAGCUGAAAGGCAAUAUCGAAACCCUGGUGAAAGGGCUUUGCAACGCAUCCCCCAGCGAGCGGCUGCCGAUGAAGAAAGGGGGCACCCAGAACAUCAAGCAGCAGGCCUGGUUCCAGGGCUUCAGCUGGGAGGAGUGUGCUAACUUCAUGAUGACACCGCCCUAUAUCCCCACGGUGAAGGGCAAGAAGGACAUAGCAAACUUCUCUCCCAACAAAGAAGACAUGCCGCCACAGAUUCCAUAUAAGGAUCCAAAGACAGGCUGGGACAAGGACUUCGCAACGUCCACGUGA